UCGAGUUGAAUUAAUGGUUCGGUAUUCACUGUGGCUGAACAAGUCAACCCAUUAUUUUCAAUCCAAGAAUGCGGAAGUACUGUAGGCCUACAUCAAUCUAAGGAACAGUGUUUGUCCAUUGUUUUUUUCAGUUGCACCUGUCCUGCCUAGAGCAUUUUUUUUGCAGACAAAGGCAGGGGCAUUAAAGACGUCACCGUCGAAGGUAUCUCCCUCGCAUUUUCUGACAAGACUCUCCUUCCUCCCCCCCCCACCAUUUCUUUCUCCCUUGUUGAAUGUCUAAAUUUACAAAUCGUGAUGGACGAGGUGAACAGGAUUCACAGAACAGCCCGGUGAUUUGACUGCCAAGGUCUUUGCAUUUGCGUUGGUCGCCCGACCUUUUCUUCCCAUCACUGUUCGUAGCCAGGUGGGCGCUCUUUCAGUGUCGUGUGAGACCUGUUGGAUUACAUCUGGAAAUGGGGGAAGAGUACGCCCCAGUUGGACCUAAACUGUCAGCUCUCUUUGUCUUUCUAGUCGUCUUGUUGCCAUGGUAUUCAUCUUUUCCUCCAAUCAGCUACUUUCCCAAUGUGUUACCACUUCCCAGUCAGGGGUGAGAUUUGUCCGGAUGUUUUCCUGAUUUCAGGAUUUAUUUUCACCAUGUUUUUUUUUUUGAUUUGAGGAUUUAAGUCUAUUUCACAAUCUGGGAAACUCCUGAUUGAUCUUACGGUGUUUUAUUAACAUGCAACAGUUGAUAUCGAACACAAGAAAUUGGUCCUUUAAUGGACGUCUUUAAGCAAACAUAGACCUUUGUCACCUUACAGUGCUGUGGGCCGUGAUCAAUCCCAUUGUUGAUUAUUUUGUGGAUAUUUCAAUUUCCUUCAAUCUGCCAUCUCCAUGAUCAGUACAUGUACAUGUGCAGGAACAGCAAUACGCAUGUUACAUGAAAAACACUGUAACCGCGACUUUACUGAGUCUUGUUGAGUUGAAAAUUUCUCUCUUGUUUCUGUCUUCUCAGUUAUCUAUCUGCUUUUCCUUGUCAGUGUGUGAUCUGUUAGGGAGGAAAAACAAAAUCAUGAAGCCCCCCCCCCCAAAAAAAUUGUCCUCGACAAUAAAAUCAAGAAACAUGCUCUUGGAGGGUUCUUAUUGCUUUUAUAUGUUUGGCGCCCUCUGUUGACCCUAAGAAACUAUGCCUGAGCCUACCGUUCUCUACCCAAAGAAAGCAUUUUCUAAAUGUGUAAAUUAUGUAAUCUGCAUGCCACGCACAGCGUACAAAUCUAGGCAUCUUAUUUACCAGUACCUCGAUCAAGUGAACGUCAUACUUCAAAGGUUUAUUUGCAGCUGUGGUAUCACUGACGAAAAAAAUUGGAAAGUUUAAAAAAAAAAAGAAAAAAGAAAGGUCGUUGGGUUUGACAGCUGCCGGCCCUUACAGCUGUGAACUGCUAACAGUACUGAGGAAUGACGGGCACUCUUAAAUGCCUAUGCUUCUACUUGUGUGUUGAUGGUAUGUCGUACAUUUUCUCCUUCCCGCUCAUUACUGCGCCUGAGGUUCGCCUGGAGAUAAAUUUGUUAUCAUACUCACGCUCUGGAACAUGGAAUAAUGUAGUACUCCCCACGGUGUACGGGACACAGAGGCACAGCAUCAUUGUCUGUUCCACUCACGGUCGUGUGAUAACAGUGUACCGAAUCUACCGUUGGAGGAGGCCACGAAAGCGUGAACAUUGAGACCCACUUCAACAGUAUGCACCUGAAAGAAGAUGUGGCCAGCAGCCAGGUGCCCGUUGGUCCUGGUGACCUGCCGACCCGGCUCAACCCCGAGGCGGCCCGCCAGCUGCAGAAUGAGCUACUGGAGCUCAAGCAGCAGCAGCAGUGGCAGCAGCAGGUCCUCAUCAGUCAGUUCAAGCAGCAACAGGAGCAGCUGGCCAAGCAGCAUCAACAGCAGCAGCAAGAGCUGAUCCGGUUUCCCCUUGUCCAAUUUGCACCACAGCAGCAAAUCCAGCACGACCGCAUGAUCCUGGCGCAGCAGCAGCAACAGCAGCAGCAGCAGCAGUUGGAGGCGCAGAAGCAGAAACAGCAGCACCUGAAACAGCUGCUGGCCAAGAAGGACAAGCCCAGUGCAAACCCUUCCGAGGAGGUGAAGGAGAAGCUGCACAAGUUCCUAUUGGACCGCAAGCAGCGCAGCGAGCUGGCGGCCAGCGGGGGGGCCAGCCACAACCACUCCCCGCCCCAGGCCUACCGCCAGUGGUCCAUGGCCAACCGCAGCCCCCACGGCUCCGUGGACCACCACUCCCCGCCCCACAACAUCUCCGCCCACUACCAGCCCAUGUUUGGCCAGUACGACAGUAACUUCCCGCUACGAAAGACUGCCUCGGACUCCAACCUGAAGGUGCGCUCUCGCCUGAAGGAGAAAGUGACAGAGAGGCGGAGUCACGGCAGCCCCCUCCCACGAAGACGAGACGGGCCCGGAAGCCUCAAGAGGAAGCCAUUAACAGUGGACACCUCACCCUCAAGUAGUACUCCCGGAUCGGGUCCCAGCUCUCCCCUCAGUGCAGGAGAUGGAGCUAACGGAUUGGCUGCGGCUGCCAUGCCGGAGGACGUGAACAGCUACCUGUUGCUGAAGCGCAUGUACAGUAGCAGCAGCAGCGAUGUCAACCUCUACACCUCACCGUCCCUGCCCAACAUCUCCCUGGGCCUGCCGCCGCCUGCUGGCUCCUCCCAGCACUCACCGCAGAUGCAAACUGCGAGCAAGCCACCGAUGAACGACGCGAUGCGUAUGAAGAACCCCCUACCCGGGGGACCGGUCAUAGCCCCUGCCUUCAUACCUGCUGCGCAGCCAGGAACCAUCAUGCCCGCCGGUGUGCCCCCACCCAUGAUGGGCGGCAUGCCCCUCCACGAGGCCAACUCCAUGAGCCUGUUGGGAGGCGGUGCCGUCGCACAGAGACUAAUGAGACCUAUCCACAGGCCCCUGGCCAGGACCCAGUCCGCCCCCUUGCCCACCAGCCAGCAGCAGAUUCUCAUGCAGCAGCACCAGCAGCACCAGCAGUUCUUGCACCAACAGCAGCAGCAGCUGAUGGCGCUGCAGCAACGACAGCAGGAAGAUGCAGUCGCUGAGAAGGAGGCAGAGGAGGCAGAGCACAAGCAGGUGCAGAGCCUGCCGCUGAAGAACAUCACAGAGAUCAAGCAGGAGCCCAUCGACAUUGAGGAAGAGGACGAGGAAGAGGAGGAACGCUUGCAGCUCCAACAGGAGCAAGAGGAGCUGAUGCGUCAACAAUCACUGGGAUGCCUCCGCUUGACUGGAACAGACACGUUACCGGGUAACCGGCCCAGUAGUAGCGGGCAUCGCCCCCUUUCCCGAGCCCAGAGCUCCCCCGCCGCGGCCAGCCGUCCGGGCAUGCUCGGAGCCGGCACGGAUCACCACCACCAUCUACACCACCACCAUCAUCACCACAACCUCCCCCACCAUCACCACCAAAUCAAACAUUUGUUCACCACAGGUCUUGCCUACGAUACACUGAUGCUGAAGCAUCAGUGUACGUGUGGUAACAACGCCGCACAUCCUGAGCAUCCGGGCCGGUUACAGAGCAUCUGGGCGCGUCUUCAGGAGACGGGCAUCGCCAACCAAUGCGAGCGCAUCCGGACCAGAAAAGCUACCUUAGAAGAGCUACAGUCUUGCCAUAGUGAGGGGUACGUUUUAUUCUACGGAACCAGCCAACCGAACAGACCCAAGCUAGACAGCAAGAAAUUAGCCUGUAUUCCUAAACUGAACUUCACCUGGUUGCCCUGCGGCGGUCUGGGGGUGGACAACGACACCGUCUGGAAUGACUUACACUCCCCAAGUGCUGCCAGAAUCGCCUCUGGUUCCGUCAUCGAGCUGGCCUUCAAAGUGGCCGCUGGUGAGCUGAAAAACGGCUUUGCCGUGGUGCGGCCGCCGGGCCACCACGCCGAGACCUCCCAGGCCAUGGGCUUCUGCUUCUUCAACUCGGUGGCCGUGGCCGCCAAGCAGCUGCGCCUCAAACUCAAGCUCAACAAGAUCCUUAUCAUUGAUUGGGAUGUUCACCAUGGCAACUCCACCCAGAAGAUCUUCUAUGAGGAUCCCCACGUUCUUUACAUCUCCCUGCAUCGUCACGACGAGGGCAACUUCUUUCCUGGCACUGGUGCACCUGAUGAGUGCGGAUGCGGUGCUGGUCUUGGCUACAAUGUCAACAUUGCCUUCCACGGCAACCUGGACCCACCGAUGGGCGACACGGAAUACUUGGCUGCCUUCAGGUCUGUGGUGCUGCCCAUUGCACGGGAGUUCUCCCCCGACGUGGUCUUGGUCUCUGCUGGUUUUGAUGCCGCUGAGGGACACGCCAAUCCCCUCGGAGGCUACCAAGUCACCCCCGCUUGUUUUGGCUACAUGACCAAGCAGCUGAUGACCCUGGCCGGGGGUCGCGUGGUCCUGGCCUUGGAAGGCGGCUAUGACCUGCCAGCCAUCUGCGACUCCUCCGAGGUCUGCGCGCAGGUGCUGCUCGGGGAUGAGGGCCCACAGCUGAGCGAGCGCGCCAUGACGUCGAUCCCCAACGAGAAAGCAGUGGAGUGUCUGCAGCGUGCUAUCCAAGUCCAAUCCGAGUACUGGACCAGUGUGCGAGCCAUGGGCCCCCUGGUCACAUGUUCAGCCCAGGAAUCCAACCAGCUCCUCCAACGAGAGAAGGACGAAGCAGAGACUGUCACUGCCAUGGCUCUACUCUCAGUCAGACAAAAAGCUAGGUCAGAACCAAUGGAGGAAGAUUAUAAAGACGAGUCAUAGUGGAUCGGUGUCACAGAUGAAAAUCUGCCACCGGGUGGUAUCCAGUCAGCUUAGCAGGCUCUGCGGUCUGCAGCUUAGCAGGCUCUGCGGUCUGCAUUGCCAGACCCGUUGGAACUGUGGGAGGGAAAAGUGCGAGUACCUCUACUGCCGUGAAUGUCUGUGUCGUUGGUUAUCAACAGCCGUUUCAUGCCUGGCACUGUCAUGAAACCCCCCAACACGAAACGGCUGUGGAAUGGGUUGACCAUUGGGUAUGUUCUUCAGGAAGUGGCUUGGAAACACCAGAAGAGAGAUCUUGUGUCGGUUAACAUUGAUAGCGUGUUAUUUAUUUUGUUGUGGGGACCAAUUGUUUUUGCUGUGAAUCGGGGAAAACCACCCUCGUUUUAAAAGUAAAGUAUUUUUUGAAAUAUGUCUAAUGUAAACAGUUAGUGACCUCUGUGCCGUUGACCUGUUAUAUACCAGUUAUAAGUUUUAUUCUUGUGAGAUGUCAUUGUACAAACAAAAAAUUACGAAUCAUGUUUAAACACGUGCCGUAUCAAAUAAUUGUCAUAAAAGAGAGAAAAUAGUAUUACGAAGUAUUACAUAUAUACUUGUUUCUUCCGUUUUUAGUGGUUAUAAAUAUAUGCUGAUAUUUUUUCGGUGUGUCUGCCUGUAUGUGCUGUAAAAUUUCUGUGCCCAAGGGUUCACAAUUUUUGUCUAAUUUUUUCUUCAUUUUCCCAUCCUGGGGUGUGAAGGUGGUGUACGAUACGAAACAGUGAUUUGCUCAUGUGUAUGUAAUGUAUAAAUGGACAUGAUCCAGUGCUAAACUCUAUCUUCAGUCCAACCUGUGAAGGUGGCCAGUGGAAGUUUGAGGCUAGUUGACCGUUGUGGCCCGUGCUUUGUCCAAAGAAUUCAAGUGAAACUCAUUUGCCAUCGUUUCCAACAGGCUACCGUGAGAUUUUUGUUGACCAGUAGACGUUCAUUUGUGCAGUUGGCCACUCGGUUGGUAACCUGACCAUUUCAUGUUUCCCAUUAGCAGACCAUCAAGGCUCAUGACCACUGCAGACAAGACUCUGAUGUCCAGAUCUUCCAGCCCUCAUUACACUGUCAGCCAGUGGACCAUGACCGGUCACAUGACUCAGGGCCACUUUGGCCAUCAGUUGGCAUUGGCCACUAAUCUACCAGGGCUCAUUCAAAAGGCCACCAGACCCAGGUUGGACUUUAAAACCUUACUGUACAGAUAUCUCCAUCUAUAUUUUUUCCUCUAUCAAAAUGCUGUGAUGUCACCCCGAUGUACAAAUUCCGGGGUAGGCUGUUUUUUCUCUUCGAACUAUUUUUCUGAUAUUUUGAACAGAUUAAGAAGACUGUAAAUAAGGUUGUACAUACGUCUUAUGAAGGCCGUACUUUUGAUAAGAGAACUUUGUGCUGCUGGAAGAAAACAAAGCUUUACCGAAAAAACAAAAGUACUAAAAUUUUUGACACAAAAACUGCGAGCAGCAGGUUCCAUCCGAAAAGUUUGGCCAGAUGUGGGCUCCGACGGAAAAAAAAAUAUUUGCAUCUCUUAAAAGUGAGCAAGCUAAAGUUGGUUUUGGUUGGUGCUCACGGUGUUUUGCAUGAGCUGAGUGUUUUUCUGCUGUCUGCCGAUGUACAAUAUUUCCAAAGCAACUGCUGGUGUAAAAAGGCACCGUAUCUGUAAUAUAGGGCUGACCUUGUCGAAACACUGAGGACGGUUGAUCAGUUGUCUUUUAAAGUGAGACUGGAAGAACAAUCACAAAGUAGUCAGUGGAACUAUGGAGAUGAAGCAAGCUUAUAGAGAUGGAUCAGAACCAGAUUUGGAAAAAAAGUCUCUCGGGCACUCAUGGAACUGAGGGGUGAAUUUCGAUUGGUACUCGACUUGAGAGGAAGGCCACUUAGAACUUGUAAUGUUGUGGCAAGUACUGUGGCUGUAAAUUCGGACGGGUCCUUUGACACCCGGGUCUCUUCGUGUUUGCCUGAAGUAUGAACCGAUUUCCAAUCCCCCUCCCCCCCAGUCAGUCCAUGGUUUGAGUAGGAUUGGAACCAGGGCACCAGUGUCAGAGAAUGAAUGUGCCACCAUGACAGUCUCACUGAAGAGCAAACCAGAAAUUCGCACCCAGUGUGAGAUGAGAAACCAUGUGAGUUGACCAUGCACAAACAGAUUAACCGAGGCAUUCAAAAUGCAAGUGUACAACGGGAGACAUAUGAUGUCAACAUUGUCAAACUUCACAGUCUGUCAUAGUGUUCAAAUUUACUCGCACUCUGUGACCGAAAGGUAAAUUGUUUUGGUUGAAUUACUGAUGCUUCUCAAACUUUGAUUAUUUUUCUUCAGUCUUGGUUUGUUCCUCAAGGGAACUUCUUAUUUCCUUCUUGAAGCAAGUGUUCUAUUUUCCUUCAUUGUAAAAUUUAUCCCCUAAGAAACGGUGUAUAAUGGUUUACGUUAUGAAGAGGUACAUCAAGACGGCAUUAUGGAAAAAACAGGGUCAUCAAUCAGCUGCAGGAAAUCUUUCCAUUUGACAAGUCUGUCAGGUUUUCUUCACUAGUUUUAUUGUUUGCUUCAGGAAAAAAAAAGACAAUUUACUGAUUGUGUUUGAAGCAAAAUAGAGGUUGAUUUCAAAUUUGACAGUUUUUAUGACCUGCUGUUGUUAUAAAUGCGUUAAAAGGUCUUUGGGUUUCACAAACUGACAUGCAAGCAAGUGGCGGAAGAUUUGAGGAAAUGCCUGUGAUGAAGGUUUGACACAAUGACCCAUCUGCGCAGAAUAAUUUCCGUGAAAACCCUGAACCUGUGGAAUUCAGGCUGCAUCCGCAAGCACCUGGCCACAGGUUAGAAAUUAUGCACGUGCCCAUGGGAAAUCCAGGAAGCCAUUGGCUGAAGGCCUCUAUAAAUGUGUGUAUUAUUGGCAGUCCUAGCCACGCAAUAUGACCUUCGAAUGGCAUCCAGGGAAGGAAAACAAAAUGACAGAGUGCAAACACACAGUACUGAUAUCAGUUGGUGAAAACCAAAGUAACGCAUUACCGUGUGAUGUGCUCACACACAGGGCUACUAGUAACAAUCACCACAGGAAGACAUAUCAGGUCAUUUACAUAAGAGACAAAUUCAUUUCCAAAUCUUAUCUGUAAUUGUUUUUGUUUUCAUCUCCAAACCGACAUGUAACCAAGCCGUUGCUUUUUCUCUGAACGUCUAAUACAAACCAAACACCAACCCAGAAGUUGUUACAUCCUCUAAUAAUGACAAAGGUUACCUCUGAAGUGGUGUUAGAAA